UAAGGACAUCAAACUCUGUCAUCUUUCUGAUUGCUCUAACUUUCCUUAACAGUAACAAUGUGGGCAUGCCCCAACCUACAAAGAUCCCAGACUCCCCAGGGACGAGUUUGCUGGGGCUAGGAGAACUUGGACCUCAGAUCCCAGAAGUCUUCAUAUCACCCAACUUGGUUCUAAAGCUCCAGUAUCUGAGGUCUAAGUGUCUUCAGAACUAUGGAGGGAUGCUGGAAUUCUGGAGUUGCCAAUGCCUCCCAUGGAGACUUGACUUUCAGCAUCUUCCGGAACUACACAGUGCUGAAUAUACCCCAGAAGACAGCCAUCGCUGUGUUGUGCUCCCUCCUGGGUGUCCUGUGUGCCCUGGAGAAUGCCAUCGUGCUCUUCCUGAUCUUGUCCUCCCCAAGGCUCCGCAGAAAACCCUCUUACCUAUUUAUCAGCAGCCUUGCAGGGGCUGACUUCCUGGCCAGUCUGUUUUUUGUCAUCAGCUUUGUAAAUUUCCAUGUCUUCCACCAGGAAGACUCAAGGGACAUCUUCCUGCUGAAGCUUGGGGGUGUCACCAUGACUUUCACUGGCUCUGUGGGCAGCCUGCUGCUGACUGCCAUUGACCGCUACCUCUGCCUGCGCCACCCUGCCAAGUAUAAGGCCCUUUUUACCCGGGGAAGAGCACUGGUCAUGCUCACAGCCAUGUGGACCAUCUCAGCCGUGGUCUCCUACCUGCCAUUAAUGGGGUGGACCUGUUGCCCCAGACUCUGCUCUGAACUCUUUCCCCUAAUUCCCAAUGAUUACCUGCUCAGCUGGAUUCUAUUCAUCGCCAUUCUGUUUGUCGCCAUCUUCUACACCUACGCCUAUGUCCUCUGGAAGGCCCACCAGCACACGUCCACUUUGGUAAUGUACCAACAGAAGCGCUUAGCAGGCAUGUCUCGGAUGCGGCUGGACGUGAGGUUGGCCAAGACGCUGGGAGUGGUCCUGAUGGUGCUGGUUCUAUGCUGGCUGCCUGUGCUGGCCCUCAUGGUCUACAGUUUGACUGCAUCUUUGAAUGAACACAUUAAGAAAGUCUUUGCCUUUUGCUCCAUGCUAUGUCUGAUCAAUUCCAUGGUGAACCCUGUCAUCUAUGCCCUGAGAAGUAGGGAGAUCCGCGUCUCUGCCAAGAACUGUCUGACCCGGUGGAAAAAUAUGCUCAGAGGCACUAGGACAGACAGCAUGGAGGAUGCUCAGAAGUCUUCAGUCACAGAAACAGAAGGAGAGACAAGAGUCACCUGAUCCCCUGAUCUUGGCCUCCCUGUUAUCUUGGUUCAUUUACUUCUAUUUAGGUUUCUGAUAUCAAAAGUAACAGGCAUUCCUACUUUCCCAAAAGCACUUUUUAUUAACAUUAAAACAUUUUUUUCUUUGAGUAUAAGUAUAACAGAGGCACUUUGGAAUAGUAGAUAGUAGAUAGAAAGGUUUUAAGGUUGGCCUAGAAGCCAGGAACAACUGAAUUCAAGUCUUGCCUCUGACACCAGCUGUGUGACCUUGGACUAGUCAUUUAACAGAGCUCAAGGCACCUCCCUCAGGCUCUAAGUUUCAGAGAAGUUGCUGACCUGAAUUGGCAGAGGGAGUUUCCCAGUCUGUCUAGAGUUCCAAGGAAAUCACGGGUCCAGUACCUAUCCUUAUCCUUCACAGUAAAAAGAAUGUGCAGACAAAAUGUCAAUGUUAUAUUCAGAGAUGGGAUAUGCAGCUAUCACACUAGGGCCAAGCUAGUAUUGGUUAUCAAUUGGUUAUCCAAUACUGAUGAACCACAGGCAGUCUUGAAUCCUUCUCCCAAGGAGUGAAAGAGUUUGUUUUUCUCUGAGAAGGAUCAAACUUUGUUGAUAAAAUACCACACAUUUUGGGCACUAAAGUAUUAAAAUUCAAAUUUUAAAAGUAUUAAAAUUUACAUUUUAAAUUAUUUUUUUUAACCCUCACCUUCGGUCUUGGAAUCAGUUCUGUGUAUUGGUUCCAAGGCAGAAGAGUGGUAAGAGCUAGGCAAGGGGGGUUAAGUGACUUGCCCAAGGUCACACAGCUGGGAAGUAUCUGAGGUCAGAUUUGAACCCAGGACCUCCCAUCACUAGGCUUGGUCUUAAUCCACUGAGCCACCCAGCUGCCCCCUAAAUUUUAAAUUAAAAAAAUUUAAGUAUUGAAAAAAAUUUUAAGUCACAACUUAAAAAAUAGCAGUAAAAAAAAAUGUGGUAUGAGUAAGGGAGCAGCCCUACAAGGUGAGUGGGAUGGGGAAGUGGCAUAACAGAAAAACAACCCCAUAGUCUGUGAGUUUUGCAUUAGUAUGAAUAAUGAAUCCCUUGAAGUGGUUACAUGAGUCUUCAAUCUGCACUAUUGAAGGUCACACUUGGGUUUCCAGCCCAUUUGAAAUAGACAGUAUGACUCUGAAUCAUGUCACUACCCAGGAUUCAUCACUCACCCUAAUUAUCUGCACUAAUCAGAACCUAAUUGUAUGGAGAAGUUUUCAAUAUGAAGACAAUUUUGUGCCAGGUGGAACCUGAAAGAAGCAAUGCAAGUUAGAUAUAUGCAGCCAGACUGGUGAUGAUCCGCUCUCUUUCUCACUCUGGAACUAGUCGAGUCCGCCAAAUAAUCCCUGAAUAGCUGUUGACUCUGGCUCCAGAAGCUGCUCACUUGGUCUCCCUGGAGGUUCAAGGCCAGAAGGGGGAGAUGGAGAGGGAAGGAGGGUCUUCUCACCAUCAGCCCAAACCCUCCUUUUCCCCUACCACAGUCCAAGAUGGCAACCGAGAAGCUCCAUCAGGCCACGGGGGCUGAGUUUUUAAUAGCUUUCCUGGAGGCCACAUCUUGGUCAAUGGGUGAUUUCGAACUCAUCAGUUCAUCCCUUUGUUGACGAAGCUCAACCUGCCCUUGUACUAUAGCCUUAAUAGGUCAUGGGCCAUCUGAUGGAGCUCCUUGUGGAAGACCUCGGGCUCCUCCAGUUAGGUUUAAAAAAGCCAAGUGCCCCGGUGGAAUUCCCCCACUGGCCAAAAAGAAUUUCUGAAUGCUAGCACUAAUGCAACAAGAAAAUGGUUGCAUUCCAUGCUGAGUGUGUUGUAGCCAAGCUACCUUCCCUACCCAACAUACUGGUGUAUUGGUGGUGUAUUGGUGUAUUCUAUUACUGAGGCAGGAUUUCAAGAACCUGUGACUUCCUCGAGGAGGGAAAGAUCUUCCAACAUUUUCAUGCUGUGUGAAAAGUUGUCUGUAAAUUGCAUUUUUU